ACUCACUCGACUUCCUGUCAGAGCGGUGGGAGGAGCUACGGUGGCUGGCGCAUUGGUGAAUAUCGCGGCGUCUCUGCUGGCUUUUUCUUGAAUUUUCACAACAACUACACAAAAAAAACCAGGAGUGGGUUUUAAAGCGAAAAGAGUCGUUAAAUGAGCGCAGCCUGUCGACCGCGCUCAGUCUCGCAGUUUCCCGCUAAAGAGGAGGCCAUUUUGUGGAACUACGGAGAAGACCGACGAAGUUGUAUUGCACUUUUUUUUCGUCUUUUUUUUUUUCCCCCCUUUUUUUUCUGGCAGGCAAGUUUUUGUGUGGACUUUUUAUUCUCAGGAGGGAGAAGAGGAGCAAAGUUUUCCUCCCAAGUGUACGAGAAAGAGAAGACCGACAAGCACUUCCUGGAGAGGGAUCUUUCUUUUCAGAAGAGUGGGAAGGGAAGCUCCGCCGAGCUCCAUGUGCACCUUCUGAAUGAGCCUGUCUUCCCCCGAGUGUGUCUUACUGAGUGUGCAGACCUUCCCAGGUGUGGACAUGGCCCAAGUCAGCCCCUGCAUGUCCCCCAGAGCCCCGGUGCAGCCCUUCUUCCCCCCGGGGCCGCCGGCGGCGCUGCCUGCGUCUUCUCCCGUCAGCCCCGUCCACGCAAUCCCCACAUCUCCCCAUGGGGCCUUCGCGGACCUGGCCCAGGAUCACGGCUCCUCGGUGGGUGGCCCCAUGCCCCUGAUGUCCCCGACUCCGGCCGGGGUGUCCUUCAGCAUCCAGAUCGGCUUGGCCAGAGAGUCGGUCCUGAUGCCGCUGAGUGCAGACCUGGCCUACAUCAAGCAGAUUGCCUGUUCCAUUGUGGACACCAAGUUCCCCGAGUGUGGUUUCUAUGGCAUCUACGAUAAGAUAUUGCUGUUCAAACAUGACAUCUCGACCAGCAACAUCCUGCAGAUAGUUAAGGCUACAAGUGACAUCCAGGAAGGAGAUCUGGUGGAGGUGGUGCUCUCUGCGGCGGCCACGUCAGAAGAUUUCCAGAUUCGUCCCCAUGCUCUGAAUGUGCACUCCUAUCGGGCCCCGGCGUUCUGCGACCACUGUGGAGAGAUGUUGUUCGGACUGGUCAAGCAGGGGCUCAAGUGUGAUGGGUGUGGAUUAAACUACCACAAGCGGUGUGCAUUCAAUCCAAACAACUGUGCAGCUCGGAAGAGGCGCCUGUCCACCAUCUCCCAGGGCAGCAGCCAGUCAGUUUAUAGCAUGGGGACCACCUCCACCUGCACCGAGGACUCCGGCUUAGUGCGCUCGCAUACGCAAAUGCCCCGGACCCCGAGUGAAGCCCGACGCUUCUAUAAGGGUCGACCCGUGCAAUUGGACAAGAUCCUGAUGAGCAAGGUGAAGGUGCCGCACACAUUCGCCAUCCACUCAUACACGCGUCCGACAGUGUGCCACUUCUGCAAGAGGCUUCGAGGGCUCUUCAGGCAGGGCCUACAGUGUAAAGACUGCAAGUUUAACUGCCAUAAACGCUGUCUAUGCAAAGUUCCUAACGACUGUCUUGGUGAGACCAUUGGAGAAAACAGAAGUAACUGUGAUAUGCUGAGUUCCGGUAUGGACACAGAGAUACCCAUGGACUACGCCAGCGACUACGACGUUUCAGACAAGUCAUCCAUGGAUGACUCGGACGAGGAACAUCUCUGCAUCAUCCCGGGCUCCUUCUCUCCUGACAGCAACAAGGAUGGACCCAGUGGAGACCAGGGUGCUUACAUUCCACUCAUGAGGGUGGUCCAGUCAGUGAGGCAGACAACCCGUCGAUCCAGUACUGCUAUCAAGGCGGGAUGGAUGGUUCACUACAACAACAAAGACACACUGAGAAGGAGGCUCUACUGGCACCUGGACUCGAAGUGCAUCAUCCUUUUCCAGAACAACACCUCAAACAAAUACCACAAAGAGAUCCCUCUCUCAGAAAUUCUGGAGGUACGACCUGCCGGCAACUUCACUCUGGUGCCCCCCAGAACAAACCCGCACUGCUUCGAGAUCAUCACAGGGACCAUGUGCUACUUUGUGGGGGAGGACCCCAACUCCCUUCCACCACUAACCCCCAGCAGACUGUCCCCCAGACACCCCCUUCUCCAAGCCAAGUGGCACCCAAGCGGCAUUGGUCGUGAGGUGGCCAAUAGCUGGGAGGCCGCAAUUCGCCAAGCCCUCAUGCCUGUCAUCUUCCAGGAUGCUCCCCAACCUGCGGGAAACACCACUCACAGACAAGCAUCAGUCAGCAUUUCUGUGUCCAGCAGUCAAAUCCAAGAGAAUGUGGACAUUGGAACAGUGUACCAAAUAUUUGCUGAUGAAGUUUUGGGAUCUGGGCAAUUUGGAGUCGUGUAUGGAGGAAAGCACCGCAAGACUGGAAGGGAUGUGGCCGUCAAAGUUAUUGACAAGCUCCGCUUCCCCACUAAGCAGGAGAGCCAGCUGAGGAAUGAGGUGGCCAUAUUACAGAGUUUGCGCCACUUGGGCAUCGUUAACUUGGAGUGUAUGUUCGAGACCCCCGAGAAAGUGUUUGUUGUUAUGGAGAAGCUCCACGGCGACAUGCUGGAGAUGAUCCUCUCCAGUGAGAAAGGCCGACUGCCUGAGAGGCUCACCAAAUUCCUCAUCACUCAGAUUCUUGCAGCUUUGAGACACCUGCACUUAAAGAACAUCGUCCACUGCGAUCUCAAACCCGAGAAUGUGCUGCUUGCCUCUGCUGAUCCCUUCCCCCAAGUGAAGCUGUGCGAUUUUGGCUUUGCCCGAAUCAUCGGGGAGAAGUCCUUCCGUCGCUCGGUGGUCGGCACGCCGGCCUACCUGGCGCCGGAAGUCCUGUUGAACCAAGGCUACAACCGCUCGCUGGACAUGUGGUCGGUGGGCGUCAUCAUGUACGUCAGCCUCAGCGGCACGUUUCCUUUUAACGAGGACGAAGAUAUCAACGACCAGAUACACAACGCUGCCUUCAUGUACCCUUCAAACCCUUGGAAACAGCUCUCUAAUGAUGCCAUUGACUUGAUCAACAAUCUGCUGCAAGUGAAAAUGAGGAAGCGCUACAGCGUUGACAAGAGUCUCAGCCACGCUUACUUACAGGAUUAUCAGACAUGGCUGGACCUGCGAGAGCUGGAGACCAAGCUGGGCGAGCGUUACAUCACUCACGAGAGCGACGACAGCCACUGGCAAACAUUCGCCCACAAUUACACUCUGUCUUACCCGGCCCACCUGGUGGCGCCCACCUGCGACCACGAAGGGGACUGCAAGGACGAUGUAGACAUGCAAGGCCUCACCGAGCGGGUCAGCAUCCUCUGACCGCAGAGAAUGAAAAAAGCGGAAGGUGAGGAGUGACGUUCAGCUAACAGUGUUUGUUUACAGUCGUUACCGUUAUCAGCUGCACUCUGAUUUCCUCUCAGCGUACAAAUCUCUCUCCAAAGUUCUUCGGCACUUUGUGGAGAAAAAACAGAGUGAAAAUGCUGUAGUUUGCCCUGAUUGAUUUUAGUGCUAUUACUAUGACAUAAAUCACAGCCCUCCUUCAUUAGGAGAACCAGCAGCUCCUGCGUAAAUAAGUGCUUUCAAGUGACUAAAAACCUGCACUGCGGUGGCAAUUUGUUUCCACAAAAGCUCCCCCCAUAAACGUCCUGCGGUGACAACUGGAAUUAUUGAUUGGGUGACGGCACGUCUUCCUGUAAGUAACACAGCCCACACUCUUCUAGAAACUGUCUGAAAUGUUCUAAAGUAGCACUUUUCCAUUUCCUGUUUAUACCUUUUAAUAUAUAUAGCAUUCUUCAACAGCGAGAGCGUCUUUGGUAUGGCCUUUUAUUAUUGAUGAUCAUGUUAACAGGUUGCAUGUUUCCUUGUAGUAGAAUGAUACUGACUCAGUGUAAAAUAUAGUGUUUUUAUUACAGUAGUCGAUUAUUUGCAUGAUCUAGUGUACACAAGAUGUUUGGAGUGAGAUUCUCGGCGUCGUAGCACAAUGCAAACAUUCAGAAAUGUUCACUUUAGUUGUGUCCUUUUAUUCAUUGUACAAUGACAAAUACAAACUAACAAAUGUCAACUAGUGGUUCUAAUAAAGACAUCACCUUGGCAUGA